AUGUUUGGAACACUCGCCGUGAGCUCCAUACGAGUUGCCGGAAUCUGCGUAAGGUGGAGGCAUCGGACCUAUCUCAGACGGCGAGGUGAACGACUGUCUUGUUGGGAGGCGUCUUCAGUCGACGGCCACAUGAUUGACGGUGGCGUGAUGCGCCUUCAGUCGGGCCGCGAACUGCCGGCGAGGAAAAAUGGAGGAGAGAUAGACAUGGUGGGGCGAUUCGUAGUGGAGCGCAACAGCUUGAGGGUAACAUCUCCUGAGAGCAUAAAAGGGACUUAUGAUAGCGCCAUUGGCAAUUUUGGUAUCCCACAGUACGGGGGAAGCAUGGCCGGGACUGUGGUUUAUCCAAAGGAUAAUGAAAAAGGGUGCAAAAGCUUUGGUGAUACUGGGGUUUCUUUCAAGGCUAAACCUGGGGCUAUGCCUAAUUUUGUUCUUGUUGAUCGUGGAGACUGCUUUUUCGCGCUAAAAGUAUGGAAUGCUCAAAACGCGGGUGCUGCAGCUGUCCUAGUGGCUGACAAUCGGGAUGAAGCUUUGAUCACAAUGGACUCGCCCGAAGCUAGCGGCUCGUCUGCCGAAUACAUCGCCAACAUCACAAUCCCUUCUGCACUCAUCGACAAAGAUUUCGGGGAGAAACUGAAGACAGCUGUCAAUAAGGGCGAAAUGGUCAACAUAAAUCUCGACUGGCGUGAGGCUGUCCCCCACCCGGAUGACCGGGUUGAAUACGAGCUCUGGACCAACAGUAAUGACGAGUGUGGAGUCAAAUGUGAUAUGCUGAUGAAUUUCUUAAAAGAUUUUAAGGGUUCGGCUCAGAUUCUUGAAAAGGGUGGGUACACUCAGUUUACGCCUCAUUACAUUACUUGGUAUUGCCCACAUGCCUUUACUAUGAGCAAGCAGUGUAAAUCUCAGUGCCUUAACAAUGGGAGGUACUGUGCUCCUGAUCCGGAAGAGGAUUUUAGCUCUGGAUAUGAUGGGAAGGAUGUUGUGCUUGAGAAUUUGAGGCAGCUUUGUGUGUUUAGGGCAGCUAAGGAGGAUAACAAGGCAUGGGUUUGGUGGGAUUAUGUUACGGAUUUUCAUAUUCGGUGCCCAAUGAAGGAGAAGAAGUAUAAUGGAGAGUGUGCCAAGAGUGUUGUUAAAUCUCUGGGGCUGGAUCUGAAGAAAAUCGAAAGAUGUAUGGGCGAUCCGAAUGCUGAUUCGGAUAAUCCCGUAUUGAAAGAGGAGCAGGAUGCUCAGAUUGGGAAAGGUUCGCGUGGAGAUGUAACAAUUUUACCAACCCUUGUCGUGAAUAAUCAUCAAUAUCGAGGGAAAUUGGAGAAAGGUGCCGUCUUGAAGGCUAUAUGUGCUGGUUUUGAGGAAACUACUGAGCCAUCAGUUUGUCUUGGUGAUGAUGUACAGACGAACGAGUGCUUGAACAAUAAUGGUGGUUGUUGGGAAGACAAAAUUGCUAACAUUACAGCUUGCAAGGAUACUUUUAGAGGACGAGUUUGUGAAUGCCCUUUAGUCAACGGUGUGCAAUUUAAGGGAGAUGGUUACAGUUCUUGUGUUGCAAGUGGGCCCGGGCGGUGCAAAAUAAACAAUGGAGGCUGUUGGCAUGAUAAGAGGAACGGGAUAACUUACACUGCUUGUGAUACUGAGGAGGGAAAAUGUCAAUGCCCUCCAGGACUUAAAGGUGAUGGUGUUAAUAGCUGUGAAGAUAUUGAUGAAUGCAAGGAGAGGAAAGUUUGUCAAUGUCCCGAAUGCAGCUGCAAGAAUACUUGGGGCAGUUAUGAGUGCACUUGCAGUGGGGACCUUUUGUAUAUGAGGGACCAUGAUACUUGCAUAAGUAAGAGGACUGCUGAACUGAGGUCCUCUUGGACAGCCGUUUGGAUUAUUCUGCUCGGGUUAGCUAUGGCCUCUGGGGGUGCAUAUCUUAUAUAUAAAUAUCGGUUGAGGUCGUAUAUGGACUCAGAGAUCAGGGCAAUUAUGGCACAAUACAUGCCCCUCGACGGUCAAAAUGAAGUCCCGAGUCAUAUGAUUGAUGACCGUGCUUGA